AUGAGCAUCGAUUGCGGUAUGAAUGAGCAAACAGAUGCUGCAGAUUUUGCAGAUGUUGGAUUGAAUACUCAAGAGAAUGUACAAGAGCAUGCUGAUGUUGAUGUUGUACGAGGAGACCUUGCAGAUCCAGAAUUGUCGUCCUCAUCGUCUGAUGAUAUUUUAAGUGAUGAUUCCGGUGCUGACUCUAGUGAUGAGGAGGUAGUGUAUAAACCCGUCGUACAAGGUGAACAACCAUUUCCAGAAUAUGUUCACACUGGGUUGAAAUAUUUUCGCAAACUGCCAAGUGGUCCUACUGAGUUGCUAAAAAAUGCCGAGUUUAGUGCCGCCGCCGUAAGAAAUUUUGUUCAUGACAAAUUUCAUGUGGUAGUCAGUUAUAAGAAGGCAUGGUAUGCACAGAGAAGGGCUUUAGAGAUUGUAUUUGGUGGAUGGGAGGAGUCAUUUAGGGAUUUACCAAGCUACAUGCUUGAACUGCAGUAUAGGAAUCCAGGCACCAUUGUUGAGUGGAGGCAUAACGAGUUGUUGAGCCAGGGCCGUACUAAAGUCUUCUAUUACGUGUUCUGGGCACUUGGGCCUGCUAUACAUGCUUUCCAGGAUUGGGAGUGGUUUUUGAAUCAUGUCAGAAUUCAUGUGGUGAAGUACGAAAGGGAGGUAUGCAUCAUUUCGGAUAGGCACAAAGGAAUCCUCAAGGCUAUGCGUUCUGAUGAAUGGAAAAAGCCGCCGAUAUGUCACCACAAAUUUUGUUUGAUCCAUGUGAGGAAAAAUAUCUUAUCAAAACUUAAGGGUAAGGGAGGUAAAGCGAAAGGCAUGAUAUGGGCAUUGGGUGUCACAAGUCAAGUACGCAAGUACGUGAGAAGGCGACGUGCACUACGGGAGGAAAGUCUUAUUGCGAUACACGAGCUCAACAAAGCCAAAAAAGAGAACUGGUCUCUUUGCUAUGAUGAUGAACUGAGAUGGGGGGUGCCCUCAACAAACAUGUCAGAGAGCUACAACAACGUACUAAGAGGUGUAAGAGAGUUGCCAAUUAGAGCUUUGGUUGAUCUGACAUUUUGGCGAACAGUUGAAUGGUGGGCAGAUGGAAAGACUGAAAUACAACAAACCGAAGGUCGGUUGACCCCCUGGGCGAGGGACAAACUUGUUGCGAAUGAUGCGAAGGGGCAAAUGCAUUACUGUUCAGUAGUCGCCCGAGAAUUAGGUCAUUACCAAAUUCGUAGUCGUCCACGUGUUGAAAAUGGAAAGGCAAAGGGCGAUAACAGACUAGAUGUCGAGUUUAUGGAUUCAAAGUGCAGUUGUGGGAAGUGGCAGAUGUGGAGAGUCCCUUGUUCACAUGCGUGCACCGUUGCCAGAGAUCGAGGUAACUCUAUGUUUGAACUCAUUGAUAAACACAACCACAAAGCUACAUGGGAAGCACAGUACUAUGGUGUCUCAUUUCAAGCACCAAGACACCAAGACUAUUGGGCAAAUCCUGGAUGGAAAUUGCGUAUCACCCCUGAGCAGUUGCUUCCUCGAAAGCGCGGACCAGACAGAAGAAGGAGGAUUCCUAAUCAAAUGGAUGUCCGCGAGGAAGAUGAACCGAGAGCUCCACGCAAGUGCAGGAAUUGCGGUGUAGAGGGUCAUGACCGAAGAAACUGCACAGUCGGUCGUGUUAUGUAG